CACCACAACCAGUACUAGAUCCACAAGCCAGCUGAAAGGAAGAAGAUGAUGAGCAACAAGGCCCUCACACUCGGCGCGGUCGUCGUCCUCGCCUUCGCCAUGGCGGGCGCGCACGCCGAGCAGUGCGGCCACGCGGCCGACGGCAUGGAGUGCCCCAACAACCUCUGCUGCAGCGCGUGGGGGUACUGCGGCAUGGACGCCAACUACUGCGGCGAUGGCUGCCAGAGCGGCGCCUGCUACGAGCCCAAACGCUGCGGCGCCCAGGCCGGGGCGAACGCGGUGACGUGCCCCAACAACCACUGCUGCAGCGGCGACGGGUUCUGCGGCUACGGCCAGGAGUACUGCGGCGCCGGCUGCCAGAACGGGCCCUGCCGCGCCAACAUCAAGUGCAGCGCCGACAAGCCGUGCCUGAGCAACUUCUGCUGCAGCCAGUACGGAUACUGCGGGCUCGGCGUCGAGUUCUGCGGCCAGGGCUGCCAGAGCGGCGCCUGCCAUGACGCCGUUGGUGCCGCCGCCCUGCCGCUCAGCUCCAUAGUGCAGGGGUGAUCUUGAACUGCAUAUGGCUACUAGUAUUGCGACGGGAUCAGGUGAGGGGAUGAGUUGUGCCAAUGUCGAUCGUUGCCACGUCUUCUUCACCGGCUAGUUUGCGUUUUCUUCGUCUUUACAAUCGUUCCCAUCAUGCAUGCACGCAUGCAUGAUUAGCGUUUGGGAACCAAAAAUAAUGCGCGUGCGGCAUCAUGCAUGCAUGCGUCGUCCUUGUAAUCUUUGUAAUCCAAUAAAUCUGAAUCUCGUCGCAAUUGA